AUGAUCGACAAUGAUGUUAUCGGUCUGCAACUGUCGCCAUGGCUCGCACGCAACACUGCCUUGCACACCAUUGAAGUGCGCAAGAGCUUCACAGCCACCCACUACCAGCCCAGGAUAGUGGCGCAUGGAGUGGCAUCCUUGACGGCCUUGAGGUCAUUGACGCUGGAGUGCCUGUGCCUGCAUGGUCCCCUGUCUUGCCCCUCCCUUGAGUACUUGGAGCUCAUUGGGGCUGGUGGAUACAUGAUGCUGGAUCCCCGGGUGCAUUUUGACAGCAUCAGCGACCUGCUGGACCAGCUGCUAUGCCUGCCAUCACUGGAGGCCUUGCAGGUUGUGGCCAUCCAAUCCAACAUGGCUGUCAACCUGGGGAGGGCGCACCAUGCUGGGCUGACCCAUCUGGCCCUUGCAUGCCGCAGCCUGGUCAUGCUGACUGGAGGAGGCAGCCGAGGCCUUCCCUUUGCCUCGCCCCAGUCUCUGCACCUGCUGCUGAGAGGCACCCAGGAUGCCAGAACAGUGCAGUUCCUGAGGUCAAAGAGACCAACAGUGUGUGAGGAUGAGAGGACUGGGCUUCAAGGUCACAAAAUUGGUCUGCCAAAUGCACUUGACAUCGACUGGGAUGAAGUCAUGGAGGAUGUAUUUGAGGGGCAGCUGCAAUUACUUGUCAUUGGAGGCUACUGGUCGGUAGGUUGA